UUGUCUCUCUCUUUUUCCUUCUUUCUAUUUCUCUUCUUCGCUCGUCUCUGCUUCUUACCAUCUUUCACCUUAUAUCUUUAACCGUCUUUUUCUAUCACAUAUGUACAUCGCCUUCCUUUCUUUCUAUCUUUUUUUUUCCUUUUUCGAUCUUGUUUCAUUCUAAUUGAGUCACUGUUCUUUAAGAAAAUUAACAUGAUCUUUUAUAUAUAAAGAGAGGAGUGACGAAAUUUCUCUCUCUCUACUUGGCUUACUAGCCGAAAAAAACCGAAUUUGUGAAUCGAAGCUUACUUUAUAUUUUUCUAUGGAAAAGAGGAGAGAGAAAAAUAGAAAGAGGUAAAGAGAGGAUGAUAGAAAGAGAUAAGCGCGAAAUCGACUUGGAGGGUCGAAGCUCCAGGUUCGGAGCUUGCGCCGGUUCGCUAGGAGCUCGGACUCUCGCGUAUGACAGCGCAGGGAAUCUUUCCAAUUUUCACAUCGCAAAUAUCUGAUAAAAUUAGUCGAUUCAUAAUUAAUCUUGUCAGAUUGUUUUCAUGCUAGUAAAUGUGUGAGAUAAAAGAAAGCGUUGACUUUUGCACGAGUUCCCUCGAGUUCUACAUAUUUCAAGAGCAGGAUCGUACAGAGGACGUUGGAACGCUAAAAUGUGUCAUCGGCGAUUCCUGCGUCAUUUAGUUUGAAACCAGUGUAUGAGUACUUUCAAUCACGUCGAAUUCUAUUUUUGAUUGAAAUCGAGAAAAGAAUCUAUGAAUUUUGUAAUUUUAGUGUUGUGGAAUAUCAUGUCUCAAAAAAAUCGACGCAAAAAAUCCAAAAAUGCUCCUGGAAAAGAGUUGUACGGCCGAGGAGUUACAUUGGACGAUUCGGUCUUGUAAUAGAAAGUGUGUGCUGUCGAUAUGUGCAAUUCGAUGAGCGACGCGCCGCGAUAAUGAAGUGAUUUAGUAAUCGUGAUAACGUUUAUGGUGCACAUGUGCGCAAGUGGCGACAAGUGCAUAUGCAUUCUGUGAGAACGUGCUUUAUGCUUGACAACAAUAAUUUUAUUGAAAAUUGCAAGGGAUUAGCAAUCACAUACGAUUGCGUGGAGGACCAAUUCACGUAUUCAGAAGAGUGCAUAGAUGACAACAAAAUAAGAUUGUGCUAGAAACGAGCCAAAUCUUUUUUACGAGGUGCCUCUUAUGAGUCGGCUUCGUGAAUCUCGUAACUCUAAUUAUGUUGACAAGUAAGGCGAAGAAGGAUAAAUGUGUAAAAAAGAAACAUUCUUUCUCUCGAAUCAAAAAUGAAUGUCUGCCUUGCGCGUCGAUUGAUCGGGACUUCCGUCACUUAAAAAAGUCACCUUUUCGGAACUCUUCCGUUUGACCGAGAGGAUAGACCAACGAGUGGUCGACGCUCGGUGACGGCAAGAACCGUCACUGAGUGAGGAUGACCGCAAAAACGACAUUCGACCCAGCGGAGAUCUCUUCGUUCGACAUGACAUCAAUGCUGGAUGUCACUUCGACUGAAGAGGAUCCUUACGCCAAUAACACUGAAGUAAACGUUGUGGAGAUCAAUUGGCCGGACGUGUCAUCAGCCAUCCUGAAAGUCUGCAUCCUUGGUUCAAUCAUCACCACGGCUUUGUUCGGUAAUCUCCUUGUAAUGGUGUCCGUGAUACGACACAGAAAACUACGUAUCAUAACGAACUACUUCGUGGUCUCGCUAGCAUUGGCCGACAUGCUUGUAGCGAUGUUUGCAAUGACCUUCAAUGCCAGCGUCCAGAUAACUGGCAGGUGGCUCUUCGGCUACUUCAUGUGCGACGUCUGGAAUUCCCUGGAUGUAUAUUUUAGCACCAGUUCGAUACUUCAUCUAAUGUGUAUCUCAGUGGAUCGAUAUUAUGCAAUCGUGAAGCCGCUCAAAUAUCCCAUUAACAUGACGAAAAGAGUGGUAGCAUUUAUGCUGCUCGCUUGCUGGCUAGCGCCAGCCAUUAUUUCCUUCGUGCCAAUUUUCUGCGGUUGGUACACUACGGAAGAGAACAGUGUGCACAGGCACAAACAUCCGGAACUAUGCGAGUUCAAAGUCAACAGAAUAUACGCCAUACUUUCAUCGAGUAUAUCCUUCUGGAUACCAUGUACCAUUAUGAUGGUCACAUACUUUGCAAUAUUCAAAGAGGCUAAUAAGCAGGAGAAGCAAAUGCACAGCAGAAUGGGUAAUGCUAUGUUACUCAGUCAUAGACCGAGCAAGGAUCUCAAUAAUUUGAACGGAGAACUGAAUAGCGGCGGAUCAUCGAAAACGCUAACAUUGAACGAGAUUAACACCGAACAUUUGCACACUCCCACGAAAGAUAAACACAUGAUGAAAAUGAAGAGAGAACAUAAAGCGGCAAGAACGUUAGGUAUUAUUAUGGGUACUUUCAUCCUCUGUUGGCUGCCAUUUUUCCUCUGGUACGUCACUACGGCGCUAUGCGGCAACAGCUGUCCGUGUCCCAACAUCGUGAUUGCGAUCCUCUUCUGGAUUGGAUACACAAAUUCGGCAUUGAAUCCAUUGAUCUAUGCGUACUUUAAUCGUGACUUUCGAGAAGCGUUUAAAAAUACCCUACAGUGCGCUUUCUGUUCGCUCUGUAAACGCGAACCGUCGGACCUCGAAGCGCUGGACUUCCGUCGACCAUCCCUCAGAUACGACGAUCGUACUAAAAGCAUAUAUUCGGAGACGUACAUGAAGCACAUCGACCGACGAAGAUCAAGUGAGUUUGGAAGCAGUCUUUGAGACAAAACGUAUAAACUUUAGUGCAAAAAGCAGCGUCUCUAAGCAGUAUGUACACAUUUAACAUGUAUCACAUAUACAUACGCGCGCACCAAUAAAAACGUAAUCAUAAUACAUA